UCAGUUUGUCUGUGUAUUUUGCAUAUUCAUGGCUACAGCAAGAAUCAAUGCCUCAAGCUGCUUUCCCACAAGCAGAAGACUCGACUGUGAAAUCCACGUCAGUCUAAGAGCUAAGACUGUGACGGUAAGGUACCCCCUAACAAAAGCCGCUCCUCGUCGCCAUCUUGUCCGAAGAGCAAACAAAGAUCGGAAUUUGGUGGUGAAUGCUAUGGAGGCAGCGGAGGAGAAGCCAACGAAAAGGUAUCCUGGAGAACCGAAGGGGUUUGUGGAGGAGAUGAAGUUCGUGGUAAUGAAAAUGCAUCCGAGAGAACAUGCAAAUGAAGGAAAAAAGGAGUUCAAUGGUCCUGUAUCGACAUGGAAUUUCACAAUCGAAGGCUACUUGAAGUUUCUGGUCGACAGUAAGCUUGUAUUCGACACGCUUGAAGAGAUUAUUCACGAAUCUACUGUCCCAGCUUAUGUCGGGCUCAAAAACACGGGAUUAGAAAGGGCAGAGAAUUUGAGAAGGGAUUUGGAGUGGUUCAAGGAACAAGGUCAUAAGAUUCCUGAGCCAAUGGUUCGUGGUAAAGCAUAUUCUCAGUAUUUAAAGAAUAUAGCAGAUCAGAAGGAUCAUCCAGCAUUAAUCUGCCACUUCUACAACAUCAACUUUGCACAUAGCGCCGGUGGUCGAAUGAUUGGGACAAAGGUGUCUCAGAAGAUACUCAACAAUAAAGAACUCGAGUUCUACAACUAUAACGGCCAGCUUCCCGGAUUGUUGCAGAACGUGGGUCAAGAGGUGAACAAAGUUGCUGAGUUGUGGACGAGGGAAGAGAAGAAUCAUUGUUUGGAAGAGACAGAGACAUCGUUCAAGUUAUAUUGGGAGAUUUUUCGUUACUUGUUGCCCUAAUUUGUGAUGACCUUCUAAUGAAAACAUGUACAAGUCUUUCCAUGCCCAUUACUUUUCUAAAUGGCUUAAUAAUAAUAGGAUGUCUAUGUGGUUG